GUGACCUCAGACGGACGAGUUCGCGUCCACGAAAGGGUUUCAGCUCCCACUAGUAUCGCGGACCCUUAUCUUUGAUCGUCUUCCCGCUAUGAACCUAGGCCCAACUGUUAUCUUCCUUCUCUAACUACCGAUAUCUGCAACAUGAGUUCCAAUUCUUCCAGUACUUUACCUGAUCUUUAUGAGGCAUCAAUCGCAGAACUCCAAGAUGGUCUAGUCAAUGGACUGUUCAGUAGCGUUCAGCUUGUCAAAGCCUACCUUGACAGAAUCGAAGAAGUUAACUUCAAAGGUCCUGCACUGCAUGCAGUCAUAGAGACCAAUCCGAAAGCCUUGACCCAAGCUGCCACCCUUGACGAUGAACGGAAAGAAAAAGGCAGCCGUGGGCCAUUGCACGGAAUACCAUUAUUGUUGAAAGACAACAUUGCUACGUUGUACGAAGAAGGAAUGAAUACUACUGCAGGUUCAUACGCACUGUUGGGUUCUGUCGUUCCUCGAGACGCAUUUGUUGCAGCAAAGUUACGUGAAGCUGGUGCUAUAUUUAUAGGCAAAACGAAUCUAUCUGAAUGGGCUGGUGCGAGGUCUAUUCCACUUCCUCGCGGAUUCUCGGGGCGUGGGGGGCAGACUCUUUGUCCGUACUAUCCAAACACCGAUCCAUUUGCUUCGAGCUCCGGAAGUGGCGUUGCGACGGCUAUUGGUCUGGCAGCCGGGUCCCUUGGCACAGAAACUCGUGCCUCUAUCGUAGCCCCAAGUAGCAGGAAUAAUAUUGUGGGCAUCAAGCCUACUGUCGGGCUGGUAUCUCGCUCAGGCGUGGUACCUUACUCAUCUAACCAAGAUACUCCUGGCCCGAUGUGUCGCUCUGUCACUGACGCCGCCCUGUUGUUGACUUUCAUCGCUGGUCCUGAUCCUCGGGACGAAGCCACCUUGCAUCAGCCUGGAAUAGUCCCAGACUACAUGAAAGCGCUUGACAAAAACGCCCUCAAGGGCACUCGUCUUGGAGUGCCUCGUGCCUUCAUCCGCAAUAUGAAGGCAAUCGAGGAGACAUUCAACUCCUCUCUUGACAUAUUUCGAGCUUUAGGCGCGGAGAUAGUCGACCCUGCAGAUUUUCCGAAUGGAGAGGAACUAUUGGCGUCACAAGCGGAGAAGCUGGUGAUGGCUGUCGACUUCAAAGUUGGUAUCAGCAAGUACCUAUCAGAAUUGGUCGAAGUCCCCACAGGCGUCAAGACUCUCGCCGAUCUCAUAGAAUUCAACAAUAUCAAUCCGGACCUAGAACUUCCAGCGCCGUUUUACACAGAUCAGUCUCGAUUUACGGACGCGGAAGAUAAACAGGUUGAUGACGCCUACUUUGCAGCACUAGCGCAAAAUUUCAACCUGGGACGCACGAAGGGAAUUGACGCCACCCUGGCCAAGUUCAAUCUUGAUGCCAUAAUUCUACCGACCGAUGUACUGGAGCCCAAACCCACAGCAAUUGCAGGAUAUCCUUUGAUUUCAGUGCCCCUCGGCUUUCAGCCAGAUGGCGUUGAAUUACUGCCUGCGACGCCAUCUCCACUUCAUAGUCAAGCCCCGGGAGUUCCUUUUGGAAUCGCUUUCAUGGGAACUGCGUACAGCGAGUUCAAGCUCAUCAGCUAUGCCUAUGCAUUUGAGCAGGCUACGCACGCGAGACUUCAGAGAAGGGCGUAUAACGAUGCGAUUCCGAGAGCGCAGCUAACAAGUGUUAUGUGAACGUGAAAUGAAGGGAGAUUAAUUUUGUAAUUAUACACGAGGAAGGAGCGAAUUACUUUGUGUGUAUGUAUAACCUGACUCGAGUGAACUGUUUUUCGCGGUAGAUAUCCUAGCCACUGGCAGGUGUAAGUGCGGAUGUUAGGAUGAUAGCCAAC